AUGCAUUCCCUCGCAGUGUCUGCGGCGCUCUUCGUCGCGGCCGGAGCCUUUCCCGCUCUUGCUCCAACUGGGGCCAACUCGACAGCUCUCACCAAGCCAGACGCUAACAGUCUGACAAGCAUCCUUGAUCUUGUCUCUGGAGGUCCUACCAAGCGUGACAACUUCCUGGAUGUCAUCACCCGCGCAAUCGACGACCUAGAGAACAGCAUACUAAACCUCGGCAGCCUGGUCAAAUGGCGGACCUACAGAGCGAGAUCAGAGUGUCACACAACGGUCCAGGACACUGCGAAUCUACUCAAUGAUCGCUCAGAGAAGCGUGACAACUCCCUCUAUGUCAUCACUCGCGAGAUUGACGACAUUGAGAACACCAUCCUCUUCCUUGGCAAGCUCGCCAACAACCCCUCCAGCAAGCGCGAAGCAGACAACAGUGUGACUUCGACUGCACAACAAGCGACCGACAACACCCAAGGCACUGCUCAGUCCUCCGCCAAUCCGGUCGACACAAAGCGUGACAACGUUCUCGAUGCCAUUACCCGUGCAAUCGACGACCUUGAAAACAGCACGCUCGCAUUUGGCAGCCUAGUCAACUCCAACAGCAAGGCCAGACAGGACAACACUUUCUCAUCCGUCAUCCAGACGGCCAUCGACGGCAUCCAAUCUGCCAUCGGUGCGCUUGCAAACCUCACUACCUCCGACUAA